AUGGUUUCAGUGUCAUUAUUCUCUUCACCAUCUCUCCUCCUCACUGCCAGAUUCUCUGCUUUUAUAGUUGCAGCUCUUGUACUCAUUUGGGCACUUCGAUUCAAGAACAGUUUCACUCCUCGUUCUUCCUCUCAAGAAGACCUCAUUUAUGCUGUUCUUCAUCCUUUGUCAAUGGUGAUUGGAUUCAUUGUUGUUAGCGGAGAAGCAAUUUUGGUGCACAGAUGGUUGCCUGGUUCGAGCAAUAGGAAAAAAUCUGUACACUUGAGCCUCCAAGGAUUUGCUCUGGGUUCUGGGAUUUUUGGGAUUUGGUCAAAAUUCCAUAGCAAUGAUGGGAUUGUGGCCAAUUUCUACAGUCUCCACUCUUGGAUGGGCCUGUUUUGUAUCACUCUCUUUGGUGCUCAGUGGAUAUUAGGUUUCUUGAGCUUUUGGCAUAAAGGGGAAGUUCGCGGCACAAGGGUUCGAGUGCUGCCAUGGCAUGUAUUCGUAGGGCUCUACACAUAUGCAUUGGCAGUGAUAACAGCGGAGACAGGACUACUUGAAAAAUUGACAUUCUUGCAAACCAGAGGAGAUGUGAUGAAGCGUUCCACAGAAUCGAUGGUUGUGAAUGGUUUAGGACUUGGAUUGGCUUUGUUGAGUGGUAUUGUAAUAUUAGCAGCAAUAUCGCCAAAGCAUAAACCUCUCAUCAUUCCCAGAAAUCAUCCAGGGAAUCUUCGAAUUUCUGCUUCGAUUGCCAAGAAGGAUCAAGGAAUAUCGUGGGUCUCGACUGAACUGAAGGGCCCGGAUGACUACAAUGGUUGGGCAGUUGUGGAAACUCCAACUCAGCUCAAGAAGAGGAGAAAAGAAGGUGCGAUAGUAAUGAUCUGCAUUGGGGCAACUGCUUUGCUCGGAGUCAUUGCAUUUUUUUCGCUUUCAAGAAAAGGAUUUAAGUUUCAGUUCAGUGCUCCAUUUAGUAGGCUAGGUAGUGUAUUGCCUUAUCAAACUGAGGGGAAUGGCAUAGCAAUUGAAAUUGCUGAAUCUGAGGUCCUUCAGGACAAAGCAGAGACUUCUGAAGAUUAUUUGGAGGAUGUUUCCGAUACUGUAAAGCAAAAUGUGCUGAAAGAACCAAAGCAUAACUUACAAGGUGCCCGCCAGCUUGGGCGAAUUAGGGUCCCAGUUGCUGCUGAUUCUACUCAGCAGGAAGCUCUACGUCUGUUAAAGAAACUCAAGAUUAUUGAGGACAGUGUUACAGAAGAUGAGUUGUGUACUAGGAGAGAAUAUGCAAGAUGGUUAAUUCGCGCAAAUUCACAGCUGGAAAGAAGCCAGAGGCAUCGAAUAGUUUCAGCUGCUGCUCUUUCUGGUUCUGCAGUUGCUGCCUUUGAUGAUGUAAAUGUUAAUGACCCUGAUUUUGUUCAAAUUCAAUGCCUAGCUGAAGCGGGCAUUGUGGCAAGCAAACUUCUAGAUGGAAGUACUUCUUCUGAUAAGAAAGAUUCAGAUGGAGAACCGGUUGCCUGUUUUUCGCCUGAAAGAUUUAUAUCACGUCAGGAUCUGAUUAGUUGGAAGGCCAAGCUUGAGUAUGGAGUCAUGCAAGGAAUAAAUAAAGAGGUAUCAACGAAGAACAUUCCUUUUCUAGACUCAAGGGACAUAAGUUCAGAAGCAGUAAUUGAUCUUUUCACGGAUACACUGGCGGAUGAGAAGAGUAUCCUCAGAAGAGUAUUCGGACAGAUCAAGCGACUUCAACCCAGAAAACCAUCCACUAAGGCACAAGCAGCUGUAGCUUUGACUAGUGGAAGAAUGGCAGAUUUCAUACAUGCUGAAUUAUCCCGACUAGAGGCUGAAAAUGCAUCAAAAGAAACCGCAAAGCUAGAAAUUAAAUCUGAGCUUCUUGACAGAGGAAUUAUUCGGAGGUUUUGGGAGCGGAAGAUAGAAGAAGAAAGAAAUCAUGGUUUGGAGAUUGAAAAAGAUUAUUUGGAUGCUAUUCAUGAUCUUGAACAAGAGAAAGCUAUUCAAGAAAGUGGUUUGGCUGAGAUUUUGAAGCAGAAGGCAGCUCUGGACUGUCAGAAACAACUUCUUUCGAGUCUGAAGCUAGAGGUCCAGGAGAUGUCAGAACAUCUUGAGGUAGAGAGAGCCAAUUUUAUAAAUGAGCGGAACAGUUUAGAGGGUGUGCUGCAAGAUCUGCAGCUAAAGCAUGAAGGUCUACUUGAUGCAAAGUCAAUACUGGAAGCUGAGAUUGAAGCGCUUCGAAUACUGAGGUCUUGGGUUGAUGAUGAAGCCCGGAAGAGCCAAGCACGGGCCAAGGUUCUUGGGGAUGCUGGCAAAAGAUGGAGGUGGGACAAGAAAUCAUGA